CGACACCGUGUGCAGGUACCCUACCCACCUGCACGGCCUGCAGCUCCGCCACCUCAGAGAGCAACAGCUCCGAUGCGGGACUUGAGGAAUAAUUUGAUAAGCACAGUGGAGCCGGGGGCUUUCCGAGGUCUAGUGGCUUUGAAGAAACUGGACCUCUCCAACAACAGGAUCGGCUGCCUCUCCGCCGAGAUGUUCCUAGACCUGGGAGCCCUCUCCAAACUGAAUCUAUCUGGAAAUAUUUUUUCCACGCUGACCGUGGGGCUGUUCUCUCACCUGGCUGCUCUCAAAGUGCUCCACCUGGCCUCCGAGACGCUGUACUGUGACUGCCAGCUGGAGUGGCUGCUCCUGUGGGCCAGGGCCAACGCAGUGAGGCUGGGGAACGACACCGUGUGCAGGUACCCUACCCACCUGCACGGCCUGCAGCUCCGCCACCUCAGAGAGCAACAGCUCCGAUGCGACGGGGCCCUGGAGCUGCCCCUCUUCCAGCUGAUCCCCUCCCAGAGGCAGCUGGUGUUCCGGGGCGACCGGCUGCCCCUGCAGUGCACCGCCUCCUACCUGGAGCCCUCGGCUCAGCUGCACUGGAGCCACAACGGGCGCGCCGUGGCCACGCACGAGGAGCGCGCCAUCUACCUGGAGGACACGCUGCUGCACGACUGCUGCCUGCUCACCAGUGAGAUCUUCCUGUCCAACAUUGACGUGGGCGUAGCUGGCGUCUGGGAGUGCCAGGUGAUCAGUUCCCGUGGCAACAGGUCCCGUCAGAUGGAAAUUGUCGUGGUGGAGACGUCAGCCACGUACUGCGCAGCCGACAGAAUGAGCAACAACAAGGGGGACUUCAGGUGGCCGAAGACCCUGGCCGGCAUCCUGGCCUUCCUGCCCUGUGCCCCGUCUACGUUUGGCUCUGCGCCACACCUGGCCGGUCACACCCCCGCCCGACACAACCCCCAUCGUCAGCAGCGUCCCCCCCCCCAGCGGGCGGCCCCCCGGCCAGAGAAGAAGGCGUGGCGGCGGUGCGACCGGGCAGGCCGCUGGGCCGAGGAGGACUACACCCAGUGCCCCUACGCCAGCGAGCUGACCCGCGCACUGCACGAGAACACCCAGAUGACCAUCAACGCCAGUAACGCUAGGCCCUUGGGGCAGCAGUUGGUGGCGCUCACCAGCAGGGCGGCGCUGUUUACCGACGUAAUGGACGUCAUCUUCGUCACGCACCUGGUGGAGAGGCUCACCCGGCUGGCCGAGAAGCACAGAGAUCUGGGGGGCUACGUGUGGGACAUCGGCAGCAACAUGAUGCUGGUGGAGGAGCACGUCCUGUGGAUGGCACAGGACGAGGCGCGGGCCUGCACCCGCAUCGUCCAGUGUGUGGAGCGCAUCGCCGACAUGGCUCUGACCACGGACCACCAGGUCGUAUCCAAGGUGUCUGCGAACAUCGCCCUGGAGGCCCUCAGCGUGCGUCCGGCCUCCUCCCCGGGUCUGUCCUGCGUGGUGAUCCAGCAGGCCGUCUCCCCCUCCUCCUCCUCCUCCUCCUCCCCCCACGCCCCCCGCCCCAAUGGUAACCGCCGCCGCCAGCACUCCCAGCGGGACGUGGGCGACAGAGAGCCGGACCCCGAGGAGGCGGCGGGCUCGCUGCUCAGCAUCCAAUGUCACGUGCUCAACGGAAGCAGUCUGCCCCCGCCGGCCAAUCAGCUGGGCAAGAACUCAGUGGCAGUCGCCUCGAUCCAUGUACCGCUGGCUGCUCCGCCUGUCUCCUCCGCGGUGCAAUCUGUUGAUAACUCCACUUGCAAGCUGCAGUUUAUUGUCUUUCGCAAUGGGAAACUCUUCCCUUGCACGGGGAAUUCGUCAAAUCUUGCAGAUGACGGGAAACGUAGGAGCGUUUCAACACCAGUUGCUUUCACCAAAUUAGAUGGGUGCAUCCUCGGAACCGCCGUGCAAUCCGUUACCAUUAAUCUCAGGCACUUCGCACUGGGUGUAGACCCCACUGCCGCCUACUGGGAUUUCGACCUACUCGAUGGGCACGGUGGUUGGCGGGCAGAGGGGUGCCACAUAACUGGCUCCGCGGGCAACACGACCACCAUUCAUUGCACUCAUCAUAAUAACUUUGCUGUGCUAAUGGUGAGACUCGAGAAGGUGCUGUCGUUCCCCCCGUACCCUGGGGAGUUUCUGCACCCGGUCGUGUAUGCCUGCACUGCGGUCAUGUUGCUCUGCCUCUUCGCCUCCCUCAUCACCUACAUUGUACACCACAGCGCGAUCCGCAUCAGUCGGAAAGGAUGGCACGUGCUUCUCAACUUCUGCUUCCACACGGCUCUGACCUUCGCUGUGUUUGCCGGUGGCAUCAAUCGAAUCAAAUACCCUAUCAUCUGUCAAGCAGUGGGCGUGGCACUCCACUACUCCACCCUCUCCACCAUGCUGUGGCUGGGGGUGACGGCCAGGAACAUUUACACGCAGGUGACCAAGAAGCCCCCCCAGAGCCAGGACGGAGCCCCGCCCCCCGCUCGCUCCCGCCAGCCCCUCCUUAGGUUUUAUUUGAUCAGCGGUGGGGUGCCCAUCAUCAUCUGCGGGGUCACGGCAGCUGUCAAUAUAGACAACUAUGGCAGUGGAGAGCAGGCGCCAUACUGCUGGAUGGCCUGGGAGCCGAGCCUGGGCGCCUUCUUCGGCCCGGUGGCGCUCAUCGUCCUGGUGACGUGUGUCUACUUCCUGUGCACCUUCAUCGUGCUCCGCCAGCACCCCGAGAGGAAGUACGAGCUCAAGAGGCUGUCGGAGGAGCAGCAGCGGCUGGCCGCCGUCGACAUGCCCACCCACUGCCACCAGGGGGCCGAGCCGGGGGCCCCGGGCGGCGCGGGGGCGGGGCCCGGCGGCGGGGGGGGCCACUGUCCCGCCGGCUGCCCCGGCAUCCCCAUCAACCCGGCGCUGCUGGCCAACGAGCACUCCUUCAAGGCCCAGCUGCGUGCCGCCGCCUUCACCCUCUUCCUCUUCCUGGCCACCUGGACGUUCGGCGCGCUCGCCGUGUCCCAGGGCCACUUCCUGGACAUGAUCUUCAGCUGCCUGUACGGCGCCUUCUCCGUCACCCUGGGCCUCUUCAUCCUCAUCCACCACUGCGCCAAGCGCGACGACGUCUGGCACUGCUGGUGCUCCUGCUGCCCCGGUCACCGCGGCAACAACAACAACGGCGGCGGCGUCGGAGGAGGGGGAGGGCCCGGCCGGGGGUCGUGCGGUCAGGCGAGGCCGAAGGUGGCCAACGUGAACGGGGACACCCCGGGGCACGGGCACGGCCAUAAACACUGUCACCACGACGCGGCGUGCCCGGGCAAGGCCCUGCUGGGCUGCGGCCACUGUCCGCACGCCCUGCCGGCGGCGCAGAACCACGUGACGUGCCUGGCCCCCGUGGCGGUCCCCUGCUGCGCCGCCCUGCACAGCCAGCAGCUGUGCGAGGAGGAGCCGGCUCCCACGCACGUGCUGCUGCACGCCGACCCCGAGGGCUACCGGCCGGGCAUCCACCUGCACCCCUGCCUCAAGAGCGGCUCCAGGACUAAGGGCCGCCCGUUCGGCCGCCACCAGGCCGCGGCGGCGGCCGGCGACAAGGAGUACGCCUAUCACAUUCCCUCCAGCGUGGACGGAGGCAGCGUGCACAGCUCGCACACCGACAGUCCCCACAGCACACACGAGCGCCACGUGCACGUCUGCCCCCACCUGGCCCUGGAGGGCCCCCUGGAGGGCCACCACGCGUGCCACGCCGCCGCCGCCGCCGCCGCCGCUUCAGCGCACGAGGCGCUGUCGUGCCACAACCCGUGCCACCGGCACAUCUGCUGCGCCAAGGCAGACCUUUUCCCGGCCAUGUGCCACGCGGAGGCCGGCGACACGGCCGGCACCUUCCUGUGCGGCUGCGGCAAAAUGGCGGAGGACGACCUGAUGCCGCCGCCGGCGCACCAUCAGCAGCAGCAGCAGCACCUCGAGAUGCACGCGCCGCCGCGCAGACAGUCCUUCCCCCAGAACCCCCCCAACCAGAACGGCAUCCUGAAGGGGGGGCUGCACGAGGGGCUGCUGUUCGCCUCGGACGGCACCGGCAAUAUACGCACCGGGCCCUGGAAGAAUGAAACUACUGUGUAGUGCUGUGUGGGGAGACGGAUGGCGAGCUCCGGGUCGAGAAAACACAAAAGGAUGAGACCUCCCGUCCGCCCAGCCCCUUCCUUUAGGGUUCAAAUCAUCCGUUUCUUUUGGUUUCAUCGUUGUUGCGUUCCUCGUUUGUCCUGUUUUACUGUAUAGAAAUAUGGCGUCUACAUUCUGGGUCGCCCCACACAGGGUAGCUCUACAAAGGACAAGAUAUCCUUCUUUUAAGAAUAAUUUGUAAAUGUGUGUCACAUCAUGCGACGAGGUGUUAUUGAGAGUGUGUUUGCCACCUCGUAAUGCUACGGAUAUAUAUAGAUAUAUAUUAAUAUAUACAUAAGAAAAACGAGUGGUCGAUUGCGUAUGAAUUUGUGUGUUAGUGCUCAUAUGCAACUCUGCAAGGUCAUUUUUCUAAACUUUAGAUCUGAAUCCAUCGACUGGUCUGUACCUCCAGAACUCUCCAGAAGAAGAUAAAGUUGUGACAUUCCUGUGUUAGACAACUAAACCAGCAAUUUUCAAACACCACUAUUACAUUGUGAAAAUUAAACGCAAAUGGAAAAACGAGAAGCACUCCCCAAGGUUGAUGUUGAUUGUGAUGUCUGUAUGAUGUUAUUUUUUAAGAGAAUUAAAUGACAGUAUCAAUGACGGGUAGAUUUGGUUCCGUUCCACAUCAGGAGAACUAAUUAUAUGUCAUUAUACUGCAAUGUUUAUUUCUACACUGUGCAAAAUAGAGCCAGGUCUUCACAGCGAGUUCAUCGCCAAACUGUUGUGCCAUUUUCUUCUCUUCCACUCGAAUCAUGCGAGCAACUAGACAUUGUAAAUCAAUAUUUGAUGAAUUGUCAAUCAUUACCCGCUGCGGAAUUUAUAUUUGUAAAAAGCUACACUUAACAGUUUUACAAUAAAAGUGUUAUUAUCAGUGUGCCAAAAAACAAACAUUAAUUUGCCUAAUUAUACGUUGUGAAACGGAUUACAUCGUUUUCUCACUUGCUGAUAAAAAUAUAAAACAAUUUAUGAAUAUUUAAAGUAACAUUGACCUACGGCAGAUUUAGCCAAAAAAAUGCAGUCAGUUUAUAUAUCUAUAUCUAUGUAAAUAUAUGCAUAUAUAUAUAUAUACAUAUAUAUAUGUAUAUAUAUACAGCACCCCCAAAGUGUGCAUGCCUUGUUGUAUGUUCUACUGUGUUUUAUAUUUCUAGUGUUAAUCAAUGCCAAAUCAUUAACAGCUGCCAUAUAUACUGUUUGUCUCCUGAUCCGAGUGGACUAGUGCAAUUUGCCACAAAUCUUUUAUAUUUAAACUGGCACUGCGUAAUUUUUUUCCGAAAGAGGCACAUUCUUUCUAAUAUAAAUAAAAAGUAACAGUAAAAAUAUCGAUCAAGUCUUCAAUUGAAUGGGUUUACCAUAGUAGAGUAGUUUGGUCAGGUGUGACCUUCAGGAACUCCAGCUCAAUAGCUCUUACCAGCCUCCGCACAACAACGGUGCUGCAUAUUCCUCUCUGUGUGACUUUGUUUUUGCCGCAUUGCAAUAUUUUGCUUCGCCUCAGUCCAAUACCGAAGAAUUGAUGGUCAGUCAAAUUUGAUGGUGGUAUGUCUUUCACACAGCGCAGGGUUUUUGGAUUUUGAACGUCUCCAUGCGUCAUCCUGUUCUCUCUCCCUUUUUGUUUAAAAUGGUCCAUUUAGAAAAAAAAUAAAUAAACAGGCUAUAACAGUGGAGCAAUGGCUUCCGGUGAAGACAACCUGAGCAGAAAAGGGCCAAAACUGGGUUAUGGAUCGGUCCAUUGUUACCAUGAAGGUCAGUAUCACUUUGAGGGAUAGCCACGUGGGUGAGGGAUUCACAAUAUUCCCUUCUGAUGGAGGACGCCCGUUUGGUUUAUGUAUGAUAGCGGGCGUGACACCGAGCAGUCACGGAUAGUAACCCUGCACAGCAAAACCCUACCCUACCCAUCCCCACCUGUGUGACUAUGUUGGCAGACGCACGCUAUCUAUUUAGCCAUCGUGUGUACUCUGGGUGUGUCUGUUUGUAUGAAGUCGGUCUGGUUAAUUUUAACCAGUGAUGAAAUUUAAGAUACUUAUCAACAGAAUUCAUUUAUAUUUAAAGAAAGUAUGAUAGAAAAUAGAAAAAAAUAUUAUGGCUCAGUAACUGAGCUGCUGUCCUCGCUGUUAUCGAAUGCAAGUCCUCUUAUUUUAUUAUUUAUUCUUGCGUUUUGUUCUUUGCUAUGCAGGCUUUGCUAUGUGCUGUGAGACUUCUCAUUUGGUACCAGAUAUAAAGAUUCCCUACCCACAUCCAUGCUUGGCCUGCCACUUUGUCAAAUGGGACGUUUUUCAGAAUUGUUUGUCCACUGUGGCAACCCGUCUCCGGCACAGCGCCCCUGGAGGCCCAGGGGGCAGGUUGUGGAGGCAGUGUACCACCGAUUUCCAUCAGAUGGCGCCACUAAGAGCAUUGGUGCCAAUUAUUGAAAUGCGGAGCACCUGAGGAGCAGGUGAGGAGGCAUGCUUUAAAAAGCAUGCUUCCACACUCAGGCCUCGUUAUACGUAGCAGGGUAUUUAUAGAAACUAAUAUUUCCCCCCCUCCGUUUUCAAAAAUAACAUUGUGCACACAACAUCGUUUUCGAAAAAGUUGUCGUUUACAUCAAAACGCAUAAAUACGCAGUAGAGCGCCAUUUUAACUAUGUCAAACCCAUGGGCGGCAGUGUAGGGAGAAGGAUAAAGCCAUGCAAGCCAAUCAGAAUCCUCAGAAUCAACAACAACGGAUAAC